UGCACGCAUUCCGUGGACCUCCUAACCGUUAUAAUUACACAUCGAUUAUAAUUUGAAACAUGUAAACAGUGACGCGAUCCCAUCCCGCCGUACGCGUGAAUCGAUACUCCGCUCGAACACAAUCGAUUCCGAGUGACAAACAAUCGAUUGUGCGAAACAAUAAGCCGAUAUUGCACUGAAUUCCACCAUACAGAGGUUAACUAGUCAUGUUAGUGCACGAAAUACCACACAAAUUGUCUCGCUAGUGAACCUCUAUGGUGUAAUUCAAUUAGGGCCGGAACUAACGAAUAAGGAAACGAGUGCAGUGUAAAUUAGUGUGAGUGAUCAAAUGCGGGCGACCAAAAUGACAUCGUCACAUUGUCGCAGCGUGACGCCGCCGCUGUCGCGCGCGACCUCCUCGGACCUGGUCGCGCCGUUGUCCCCAGACCUGUCCCGACACCGGGCGCUGUCCCCGGACCUGUCGCUCGAUUUCUCGCGGCACCGUCCCUUAUCCCCGGAUCUGUUUGAGCGAACUCUGUCCCCUGACUUCCCGCGCCGCUCCCGCUCGCCGGCGCGCCCGAGAUCACUAAUGGAGUCAUUAUUAGUUGCAAAAAUGGAAGCUUUAAGUACCGGGAAGUUAGUUCGGACCGAUUCUUUGGACAGCUGUAGCAGUUUUGGUUCAAUGUCGUCGCUGCCCAGUGAUGUGUGCCGGUGUGAUGACUGCCUCUUGGGGAUUGUGGACUUUUACCUUCCGAGCUCGGCUGACGCGAAUAGGCCCUUCAGAAAGCAAUCCGAGAGAUGGCGUAAACUGCGCAACAUAGUGCAAUGGACGCCGUUCUUCCAGACGUACAAAAAACAACGGUACCCCUGGAUACAGUUGGCAGGCCACCAGGGCAACUUCAAAGCCGGUCCUGACCAGGGCACGAUACUUAAAAAACUUAGUCCGCAAGAGGAGAGGUGCUUUCAGUUGCUGAUGAAAGACAUCCUUCGACCAUUUGUACCUGAAUAUAAAGGUCAAGUCACAUGCGAUGACGGAGAAUUAUAUUUACAACUACAAGAUCUAUUAAGUGACUUCGACUGCCCCUGUGUAAUGGAUUGCAAGAUCGGCGUUAGAACAUAUCUAGAAGAAGAACUAGCUAAGGCGAAAGAAAAGACUAAAUUAAGAAAAGACAUGUACGAGAAAAUGAUACAAAUAGAUCCGAAAGCGCCUACAGAAGAGGAACAUCGUAGUAAAGGAGUAACUAAACCCAGAUACAUGAUAUGGCGGGAGACAAUCAGUUCCACAGCAACUCUGGGCUUCAGGAUAGAUGGCGUGAAGAAAGCUGAUGGUACUAGUUCAAAAGAUUUUAAGACUACGAAAACGAGGGACCAGAUAGUUGAAGCGUUCACGGACUUUACGAAUAGCUUCCCUAGUGCUGUGCCGAAAUACUUAGAAAGAUUGAAGGACAUUCGAGCAACCCUGCUAGAGUCAGACUUCUUCAAAACCCACGAACUUAUUGGAAGUUCGCUUCUUUUCGUCCACGACAAGCGAAAGGCUUCAAUCUGGAUGAUCGACUUUGCCAAAACCGUCCCAGUGCCAGAAGAUAUUACCAUCGACCAUAACUCUGCUUGGAAAGUCGGCAACCACGAAGAUGGCUACCUCAUCGGACUCAAUAACUUAAUAAAUAUCUUCGAAUCCCUCAUAAAAGAUGAUAACGGGAACAUAGACCAGUCCUAUACAGAUAUAAAUUUGGAUAAAAAUAUCCGGAGAGAUAGUUUAGCCACUUGACCACAUUGUAAUCACAAAGGAUGAUCUUUGUAUCGAAUUUUAUUGAAGCAGGCCAACUGCGUUGUACAGAUCUUGUAAGGAGAUAACGAUGUACCUAGCUUUAGGGAGAUAUUUUUGUAAAUAAACGUAGUAUUAUGAUAAUCAUAACGUUAAUUUCGAAAUACUCAUAAUUUAAUUUAAGCCGUUUCGCAAUUUUGAUUGCACCUAUUUUGUUGAUAUCUUUCAAUUUAUAUAUGACGAAGCAUUGUAUUGUAUUAAAUAAAAAACAAUUGAUAUAUGCAAAUAUUUUAUUGGAUUUGACUAAAGAUUGUAUUGUAAAUCAAACAAUUGUAUAUUAUAUAUGAAUUAGUUGAAAAUUUGUAAAUAACACACUGACAAACUCAUAGAGACGUCUAUAUCAUGUUAUAUUUAUAUUGUUAUAGUACACUAUAUUAGUGUUACGACUAGAUAAAAUAUUAUAUUCAUAAGUACGAGUACAUAAGGCUAAAAUUAUGCAGAGGUACUAAUUAAAACAUAUCACAUACGUA